AUGACUACUGUGCAGUCAUCAACCAUAGUCGGAGCUUUGGCUUGUCAAAAAGAUUCAUUUUUGAGAAGUCUAGAGACUCAAGUUGUAUCUUGUAAAAAAUUUACACCAAAGAAAAAUGAACCAUCAGGUUUAUAUCAAGUAGAAUUGGUUGAUACCUGCCUUUUCCCCGAGGGCGGCGGCCAAUUUUCAGAUAAAGGAUACAUGACAACCUCUGGUGGUCAAAUCGAAGUUCAAGCAGUAAUUCGUGACAAAUUAAAAGCUUUACAUAUCAUUGAUACACCCUUAGAUACAGGUUCUCAAGUCAAAUUAGAUAUAGAUUGGGAUAAAAGAGUUGAUUAUAUGCAACAACAUACAGGUCAACAUUUAUUAUCAGCAGUUUUUGAUCAGUAUAAACUUGAAACCUUAAGUUGGAAAAUGGGAGAUCAGAUUAACUACAUUGAAUUACCUGAAAAAAUCGAUGAUAAAUUAGUUGAAGAAGUUCAAGCCAAAGUGAAUCAGCUAAUAUUUGAAUCUCAUCCUAUUAGCGUCUCAACUGAUGAUACGGAGCAAGAUACAAGUCACAUUCCAGAAGAUUAUGAUCAAGAGCAAGGUAUUGUUCGUAUUGUCAAAAUCGGAGAUAUUGAUGCAAAUCCAUGUUGUGGAACUCAUUUGAAAAAUACAUCACAAAUACUUUCAAUAGUUCUACUCAAUCAAACUUCAGUCAGAGGAGGACAUUCAAGAUUAUUUUUCACUUGUGGUUAUCGUGUGUCAAAAUUAGCUUCGAAUUAUUUUAAUAUACUAAAAAAUGUUUCAGGUAAUCAAUUAUCUUGUCAGAUUGAAGAUGUUACAAAUAAAGUUGAUCUUUUAAGUACAAACUAUAAAAAGGCGAACUCAACAAUCGCCAAUCUAACCAAGGAAUUAGCUAAUUUAAAAGCUACUGAAAUUUACAAUAAAUUUUUGGCUGAUGAAAAUGCAAUUGCAUAUGUAUAUAGAGAAGAAAAUAACCCAGAUUUUCUAACUUCGGUUCAAAAAGAGUUGAUGACAAUGGAUAAGACAAAAGCGGUAGAUUUGGAUGGAAAACAAACAUUAGUGUUGAUAUGUGGAAAUCAACAAUCAAACGGAGGUAUGAUCAAAAUAUCAGGUCCAAAAGCUACAGAUAUUUCUAACGAAUUGAAGCAAAGAAUAACAAAUUUGAAAGGUGGUGGUAAAGGAUCAAAAUAUCAAGGUAAAAUUACAAAAUACGAGAAGAAUGAAAUAGAUUCAGUUCUAUUAUACUUAGAAUCAUUAUAG